GGGCCCUGUCCCGCCAUAUGAUUCUGUCGGUCUGUUAGAGGUCUGUGGACAGGGUUGUGGGUUAUGGUCCUUAGGUAUGGUUAUGUGAACAUGUCGUUGUGCGAUUCUCAUAUACUGAGGCGGCCAGUCCGCAUGUUUUGAUUAGGCGAUUCUAUACGCCGAGGCGGCCAGUCCGCGUUUGAUAUAUGUAUAUAUAUUGUCCUGUUAGCCCUGAGUGGCUUUUGUUGGUAUUUUCUGCGUGCAGGAUAUACUGGGUAGUCCGUAAAACAGAGGAAACUCUGCCGAAAUUUUCCUGGAAAUGGUCCAAGUCUGUUUAUGUAGCCUUACUGGCUUUGGCUAAUCGUUUGUAUGUAACUGGAAUAUGUAACCAGGUCUGGGUGCCCAAGUAGGGCGCCAGUCGCGGCCCACGGGGCUGGGUCGUGACAAAAGUGGUAUCAGAGCGGUUUGUCCUCGGAGUGUCCACAGAUCGUGUCUAGUAGAGUCUUGUUUAUCGGUGUGUUGUGCACCACAUCUAUAAACGGGAGGCUACAGGACAUUUAGGAUGUUACUUUCAUUCGAAAUCUUAGAUCGUGCGAUAGAGCUGUGCUAUUAGGGUGAUUCUGAUCUAAUUCGUUGUUAUGUUUGCAGUGAUGCCUCCGAAAAAGGCAACGGCGGCCCAGAAGGGCAAGGCGAAAGUGGCAGAGACUAGUCGGGCACCGAGAGUCACCGUUACCCGAGCUCGAGCUCAGACUAUGCCCGGUAUUACACUUCAGUCAGAGGGAUCCAUUACACCACCGGCAGAGCCUGGAGCAGGUCCCUCAGCAGCUCCAGCGACUCCAGCGCCCGCAGCUCCAGCUCCUCAGUCAGGGGCGGAUGACAGGACAUUGACAGAGGCUGUGCAGUUACUGACUACCCUGGUAGCGGGACAGGCUCAGAGACACGGCCGGAGGGAUGAUGAUGAUGGCAGGCGGGACAGCCUGAGGGUUCGGGAGUUCUUAUUAUGUGGCCCUCCAGAGUUUUCCGGGUCUAAGCCCGACGAGGACCCUCAUGACUUUAUUAGGGGGAUGCGACGCUCAGUAGAUUUGGUCAGGGCUUCAGAGACCGAGUCUGUUGAGCUGGCUUCGCACAGGCUACGGGAUGUUGCUGCUCACUGGUACGAGUCUUGGGAGCUAGCUAGAGGCCGGGGUGCUUCCCCAGCCACUUGGGACGAGUUUGAGGCUGCUUUUCUCAGCCACUUUUUGCCUCCAGAGUUGCGGAGGGCGAGAGUGGACAGGUUUUUGCAGAUUCGACAGAGGGGCCGGAGUGUUCGUGAGUAUAACCUGGAGUUUGAUUCACUGGCCCGAUAUGCUCCGGCUAUAGUGGCAGAGAUGGCUGACCGGAUGCACCGAUAUGUGAUCGGGCUGGACCGUUACUUAGUUGAGUCCUGUAUGUCGAUGGCAUCACGGACAGAUAUGGAUAUCGCCAGAUUACAGGCGUAUGCUCAGGGGAUGGAGGACAGGUACCGAGCAGAUCAGUCCACUAGAGAUCGUGACAGGAGGCCGCCCAAGAGGGCUAGGUUCGCAGGUUAUUCCGGGGAUUCUCGAGGCGGACAGCCUCAGCAGCGGCAGUCAGGCAGACAGCUACCUCCACCCGGCCAGAGUACUCAGUCAGGCGGUCGGAGAUUUGAUAGUGCGGGACCGUCUGGGGCCGGUCAGGGCUCCAGAGCGGCAGGUCCACAGGUGUCCAGAGGCCCCAGCCAGCCCAGACCACCUAGGCCCCGUUGUUCUCAUUGCGGGAAGUCUCAUCCAGGGGAGUGUUAUCGAGCUACAGGAGCUUGUUUUACGUGCGGCGGUCAGGGCCAUUUUAUGAGAGAUUGUCCGUUGGCCAGCGGUUCCGGUAGUGUGGCUCAGCCGACAGGGUCAGCCGCCGGUUCAUCAUCUGCUCCAUCUGUUGCACGCCCUGCAGGGCGAGGUGUGCCGACAUCGGCGGGACGCGGUCGAGGCCGCGGUGGCGUUGCAGGUUCUAGCGGUCCUUCGAACCGCAUAUAUGCUUUGGCCAGCCGCCAGGAUCAGGAGGCUUCGCCAAACGUCGUCACAGGUACAGACAUUGGUGAUCCCCCAUUGUAGGCUCCACUUUUCUGCUAUCUCGGAGUACUCCUACUUGAUCCGGAGUCCACUUCUGGUAUAGACAUCUGUUGCUGUAUAUAUUUUGUAUAUUUGGCUGUUUGGGUACGGCGGGGCCCUGUCCCGCCAUAUGAUUCUGUCGGUCUGUUAGAGGUCUGUGGACAGGGUUGUGGGUUAUGGUCCUUAGGUAUGGUUAUGUGAACAUGUCGUUGUGCGAUUCUCAUAUACUGAGGCGGCCAGUCCGCAUGUUUUGAUUAGGCGAUUCUAUACGCCGAGGCGGCCAGUCCGCGUUUGAUAUAUGUAUAUAUAUUGUCCUGUUAGCCCUGA